AUGUUGUCAAUCGGUAAUAUCACGGACAGCGAUGAUAUAUACACAUCGUAUGGGAUCGGCCUUUCUUUAUACGACGGGAGGAGUAAUUUCGUUGAAAGUGAUUUAAUUAAAAGUAUACUAACUUUGGUUCUCGGUACAUCUAUGGUGUUUAGUUUAGUUGGGAAUUUGUGCACUUGUGCUGUCAUCGCAAGAGAUAAAACCAUGCGGACUCCAACUAAUUGUUAUCUCCUGAAUCUUGCUAUCUCUGAUCUCAUGAUAACUGUGUUUGUUCCAGUUGAAUUGUAUAUAAUUUGGGUUCCAGAUUAUUAUCCUCUUGGCGAAGAAGGUUGCAGGAUACAUUUUCUUCUUUGGGACCUUCUAAGUAACUGUAGCGUUCUAACGAUUCUUGCUUUCACAAUAGAAAGAUACCUCGUUAUCUCGAAACCUUUUCUACGACAGAGACUACUCUUGACUUCGCGUAUUUCUAAAAUACUAACAUUGACCUGGGUUGUAUCUUGUAUUUUCUCAUUUCCAAGUGUGUACUCCAUUUAUUUCAUAGAAAGAAAACAAAACGUGUAUUGUGUCUUUACCGUGUCCGAGAGAGAAAAAGUUAUUUACGUGGCGGUAGAGUUGUUGGUGUUCUUCUUUUUCCCAAUGACAGUUAUAUUCGUACUGUUUAUUAUGAUAGUUCACAAAUUAAAAACUACAGAACCCAAAUCCAGAGCGAACCCAGCUAUAAGUCAUCACAAUAGAAAUAAAGCGGUGAAAAUGUUGGCUGCAGUGGCUGCCUCGUUUUUCAUCUGCUGGUCGCCGUACGCAGUACUUCGUAUGAUGCUUGUCAUACCCAAUUUAACUUAUGAGGAAUAUGGCGAUGAUCUACUCAAAGGAAGAAAAGUACGAAGAAUGACCCUAACGAAAAAAACUGAAAUACAUUCAAAUGUCUAA